CAGUCUUCAGUUUUCAUUAUCUGUGUUUGUUUGGAUUUAUGAUCUCAGUGCUAUUUAAUUAUAUUUCCUGUAUUUCCUAUUUCACUACUAAAUGAUUAAUAGAUAAAAAAUUCUUUAUUGUGUCUACAUGUUAUAAAAGCACAAUGAAACUAUCAGUCUCAUUUAUAAUGACAGUGAAAUAGUUACAUUCAUUUUUCUACGGCAUAAAUCUCAGUUUUUUAUUAAGUUCCACAAGCAACUAUCGUUAAUCAUAAGUAUCAGGAAAUCUUCCUUCACAAUGAUUUCAGAUCGAAGAUUAAGUACCAUUGAAUUGAAGAUCUUGUUGAAUAAUUUUAAUUUGGACAAUGGGCUUACAAAGUUGUGAAGAUCAUUUGAACAGAAGGGUCAUGGCUUCAAAUGGUUAUUCUAAUUCAACUGCUAUGGCCAAGCAGUCCAAAGAUCACUCACCACCCUGUGAGUCCGUGAAUUCAAUGCCUUGGUUUGGAAUGGAUAUUGGAGGCACUCUGUGUAAACUAGUGUAUUUCGAGCCUAAAGACAUAACAAGAGACGAAGCAGACGCAGAAGUCGAAAUCUUGAAGAAUAUUAGACGGUAUCUUACAAAAAAUUCCGCUUACGGCAAAACAGGUCAUCGUGAUACUCAUUUACAAAUGGACAAUAUUCUUAUUAGAGGAAGAAGAGGCACGUUACAUUUUAUACGAUUUCCAACCAGUGAAAUGGGAAACUUUUUAGCACUUGCAAAAUCGAAGGGAAUGGCUAAUUUAGUUACUACCGUUUGUGCCACAGGAGGUGGAGCUUUUAAAUUUGAAGAAAACUUCAAGAAGGAAGUGAAUAUGAGUUUAGCGAAAUUUGAUGAACUUGAUAGUUUAAUUCGAGGGAUGCUCUACAUAGAAACGACAAAUCCACACGAAUGCUACUAUUGGAGUGAACCCACCGAUGAUAGUAAAUGUCACAAAAUACCUUAUGACUUUUCGGAACCUUAUCCGUUUCUGCUAGUAAAUAUAGGAUCAGGUGUAAGCAUAUUGGCCGUUUAUGGUCCUGACAAUUUUAGAAGAAUAUCUGGAACAAGCUUAGGUGGUGGAACAUUUUUAGGAUUAUGUUGUUUAUUAACGGGAUGUAACACAUUUGAGGAGGCAAUUGAGUUGGCAACUAGCGGAGAUAACACUAGAGUAGAUAAAUUAGUAAGAGAUAUUUAUGGUGGAGAUUAUGGACCUUUUUGUCUUCCUGGCGAUCUUGUGGCAAGCAGCAAUUUUUAUGACGUUAGCUUUGGCCAAAUGAACUCAAAAGAUCGACGCAACGUGGUUAGUAAAGAAGAUCUUGCUCGAGCCACCCUUGUAACAAUUACGAACAAUAUUGGCUCCAUUGCAAGAAUGUGUGCAGUCAACGAGAAAAUUGAAAGGGUUGUGUUUGUCGGCAACUUUUUGAGAGUUAAUCCAAUAUCGAUGAAACUAUUAGCUUAUGCUAUGGAUUAUUGGUCAAAAGGAACAUUGAAAGCUCUGUUUUUAGAGCAUGAGGGUUAUUUUGGGGCAGUGGGAUGUCUACUACAGUUCAACGGUAAUACUAAUUGAAGGUGUUGGAAAAUUAAUUGCACUGUAAGCAUCAUUCCAUUUGAGGUACCAGA